AUGCCAGAUAACAGACAACUUCCAGAUGGAACAGAACUUCCAAUAGGAGACCCAGAGGUGAGAAAAGUGCAGACGUUGAACACGCAAACAACAGACCGCAAAAGUCUCAGUGACCGUCUCAACAAGUUCUCCUCCUGGUCCCGUGCAGUCAGCGCAGUAGCACACCUCAAACGUUACGUACUCAAAGACAAAUCAAAGAGCGUACUCAAAGACAAAUCAAAGAGCGUUCAACCAGAUCCACCACAAACCAAAUCUUACCCAUACCUCACCACAGGAACACCUACGGACAAAAUUCCUUCUUCUGUGAGCUCACCAGGGCCUGGAACAAGAUCCCCCUCACCAUAA